CUGACGGGGAAAAAUGUUGGACUUUUAAAGAGGAUGCAGGAUAAAGUGACUGAAAUUAACCCUGUGCAGAAAUGGACAUUUUUACAUUGUAUUAUACAUCAGGAAGUGUUGUGUAAGACAGUGUUAAAAAUUAACCAUGUUGUUGAUGUUUUAAGUAAAACAGUUAACUUUAUCAGAGCGAAAGCGUUAAAUCAUAGACAAUUUGUUGCACUUUUGGAGGAAAAUGAGAGUGAACAUAGUGACAUAAGCUACCACAGCAACGUCAGGUGGCUCAGCCUGGGAACAGUUCUGAAAAGUAUCUGGGACCUUAGAGACCAGAUUCAGAAUUUCUGUGGGAAAAAAGGACAUGACAUCCCAGAACUUUCAGAUGAAGACUGGGUGGCAGACCUCGGAUUCGCUGUGGAUGUGACUGCACUCAUGAACGAACUGAAUGUCAAACUGCAGCGCAAGGGCCUUUUUGUGCAUGAGAUGUACAGUGCAGUGACGGCUUUCAUGAGAAAGUUGCAGCUUUUCUCAAGCCAAGUGAAGGACAACAUUCUGACCCACUUGCCAACACUAAAAGAAGCCACAAGAUCAGCCGAUCACCUCCACAAAUACUCAAGCAAGUUAGAAGCACUGCAUGGAGAGUUUUCGAGGCAAUUUCAAGAUUUCAAAAAUAUUGAGCGUGAAAUGCACAUGGUUUCUUCUCCCUUCGACUGCAGUGUGGACAAUGCACCAAGCGAUGUUCAGAUGGAGCUCAUUGACCUGCAGUCUGACCUACUUCUGGCCGAGCACUUCAGGUCAGUCUCAUUGCUGGACUUUUACUCCUCCCUCAAAGAGGAGAACUUUCCACACCUGAGGAGGCAUGCUCAGAUGAUUCUGGUCCUCUUUGUGUGA